UAGCUGAAUAACUUUUUCAUGUGUUUAUUGCAUUAUUACUACUUGUUUAAAAUAGACUAAAUUGUCUGUUAAAACGACCUAAUGUGCUACACGUACCACACGUAGCCUACCUACAGACAUGCUGCCUCUGUAUUUUCGGAGUAGUCACGCCUCCUUUCUUCGAUUCACAGCGCACAGAUUUCAACUGGUUCCACCCCCCAUUUCCCGCGUAAUUCCCCUCCUUGUAUGGGCAAUAGAAUGCAGACGCAGUCAAAACUACAGUUCCGUAUGUAAAUUGGUUUGAUUGAAGAAAAUCAGAAAAUGGUGGCGUUGCCAAACGCGCAUGCGUAAACAUCUCGAAUACUCCUAGGGAGUCUUCGCGUCCUCGCUUCCUUCUCAAAACCCAUUGGAUCAGAGAGCCAGAGGUCUCGCCCCUCUGACAUUUUCCUCCAAUGGGUUUUGAAAACAAGUUGAGAGAGGACGCGAGCUAAAACAAUUGAGAUUCUCCCCCAGACACGCAAGUAAAACGGCAACAUCCGAACGGUGUGGACGUUAAUGGUGUAUUCAGUGUUACAUGAGUUUAAAUAGCUUACUAACGACGUUUUUUAUAACUAUUACAACUCAUUCAUCAUUGACUAUAAAUAAAGAUGUUUGGCUUCCACAAGCCCAAGAUGUACCGGAGCCUAGACGGUUGCUGUAUCUGUCGGGCCAAGUCUUCCAGCUCCCGCUUCACCGACAGCAAGCGCUACGAGAGGGACUUUCACAGCUGUUUCGGGCUGAGUGAGGUGCGUUUUGGGGAGAUCUGUAAUGCCUGUGUUCUCCUGGUGAAAAGGUGGAAGAAACUCCCAGCCGGAUCCAUAAAGAACUGGAAUCAUGUUGUUGAUGCUAAAGGUUCAGGGUCAAGCUGGAAGACGACAGUGAGGUCCAAGAAGAUGAAGAGAGCCAGGCCAAGCCAGAUCAGUCGAGUGCAGAAGGAGCUCAAGAGACACAACUCUGACGCCCACAGCACCACCUCCAGUGCCUCCCCUGCCCAUUCUCCAAGCUACAGCACCCAAUCAGACGAGGGCUCGGACGUGGAACUCUCACCAGGUGCCACCCACUCGCCAGUCUUCUCUUUCCUGGACCUCACCUACUGGAAAAGGCAGAAAGUGUGCUGUGGCAUCAUCUACAAGGGACGCUUCGGAGAGGUCCUCUUAGACCCCCACCUCUACAAGCCCUGCUGCCAGAAGAUACGGCAGCACCAGCCAAAAGAGGAAGGAGAGGAGGAAGCACAGGCGAGCAGAGCGAACGUGAUGCGCCACGCCCCACCGAACAGCCCCCCGCCCCCCCAGGUUAAAGACGAUUAGGGGAGGGGAAGGAAGAGUGGGGAUUUGAUGUCAUAAUGUCACAUGACACUCUAAAGAAGUCAGAUGGAUACCGUUGGGAUUUUAUGACGUCCUGGAGCGGCUGGACUACUUAUCAAAUGUUGUGUUCUGUACCCGGAUGCAGUGAGGUUUGUUCUAUUAUAUCUGUUAACAAAUAUUGAUUCUUUCUCUCUGAGUGCUAUGAGAUUGUGAAUAUUCACAAUUUGUUUUCAAUAUGAAAUGCUGGAUUCACAAACGCUGUAUGAGCAAUGGAGACCUCUGGAACUGUACAUUUUGUAGUAGGAUAGAGCCAUAUCCAUUAGGAUAGAGCCAUAUCCAUUAGGAUAGAGCCAUAUCCAUUAGGAUAGAGAACAGCCUUCCACACUGCCUUCUCCUGUCUUGUACCUCACACAUAUAUGUGCGUGCAAACACACACACCUCGGUCCUGGUCCCUUCCUGAAAGGAUGCAUUCUCUUUUUUUCUCUCUAUUCUUUCCCUUACGCCACAUGGUCACUGAUCAGACACCUAAUAUUGUUAGGGUAAAGCUGUAGAAAAUGCCAUUUGACAAAUUAUGUCAGAGGUUUGAAAAGUGGGAAGAAAUGAUGCAAUUUUAAAGAGUUUGUCUAGAGCCUUAUUCUUCUGUAAAGGGACACGUGUACACAACCAAUGUCAUAUCCACCCUUGAUUGUGCGCCAGGUGUACUCUGUUGAGGUAUUGAUACUAUACUCUUUCCAGUGCACGUUUAAUAUGUAAGGCCAGUGAUCUUGUUCAGUGUCUUUGGAUGUACGUACAGAGCAUAUUCAAACGUUUAAAGGGAGCCUGUAGUGUGCCCUCUAAGCAGUGAUCCUGAUGCAAGUGCUCUCGAUCGCCAGUCCUCACCUGACCCAAUAUAAGCUAAAACCCACAAACUGACCUUGGAGCAGCACUUUUUGAGCACUUCCUAUCUCAGUCUACGGACAGUAUAAUUUAGUUUCCUAGCCCCUUAGAGCAUAUCUGAAGGUGAUGGUAUAGUGGACACUUAUUUAUUCCUUUCAAAUCUCUGAACACAAACAGGGUUCUGGGAAGGGGCUAAGAUGCUGAAUGGAACUAGGCCUAUGAUGUCAAAAGACUAGCUGAGUGGGCCAACCAAAAAGAUUCCCUGGUUUUCUCCUAUUGAGAGAUUUGAUGCCUUGUAAUUGUACUUUAGGUUUGACGCUUUCCAAGAACUGUUCAAGUCCUGCAGGACUCGGUUGUACAAAUCCAUCUACAUCUUUAGCAUGAUGACCUUAGGGGUGAAAUAAUAACACUAUUUUUGUCUGUCACUUUGCCUCUGUUUGGUGCAAAAUACUGUACAGUUCUGAAUAUAUUUUUGAAUAUAAAUGGACAAGACUACAACGUAGUGAAUAGGCCACCAACAUUUAGUUCUUAGUACAUGUCCCAAAACUGUCAUGGCUGGUUCUAUACAAUUGUCAGUACAAGGUAACUUUAAUCUAAACCCCUCCCUCAUCCCUCAUGUAGGCUACUUCUGUCUUCACUUUUAUUUCAAGAAAUGUGUUUUCUUGUUCUGUACCUCAUGCAUAUUCACUACUGUUCAUAUAAUUUAAAUGUUAUUCAAAACACGGUAAGAUUUAUUUGACACUGACAUUGUCUUAGCAUUUUAUUCUAUAGUGAAAUAGACUCAAGCCUGUAUUUACAUUGCAUCCCGGGGGGGGG